UUGCAGUCAACAAAAGAGAAAUGCAACAAUAAAGUGAUAAAAAUAAAAACGAAGAGUAAAACAAAAGUGUCGAAAGUCUGAAAGUAAAAAUCGUCAUCGCACAGUAUUCGGGAUAUUUUUUUUAAAUUUUUAGUAACAAAAAUGGCUGAGGAGGCAAUAUUUGAGUAUCUGCAUUCAGAAAUUGUGAAUUAUACGCUGACCAAGGAAAGCAACAAGGAGAAUGACCUCUCGGCCUUGGAGUACAUCGGCUACUCAACCGGUUAUCGGAUCAUCGAACGGCUAACCCGCGAGUGGCCCCGAUUCAAGGAUGAGCUGGACACGAUGAAAUUUAUUUGCACGGACUUCUGGAGCUCUAUCUAUCGGAAGCAGAUCGACAACCUGCGAACCAAUCACCAGGGGGUGUACGUACUGCAGGACAAUGCCUUUCGUUUUUUGACUCGACUCUCGGCCAACUCGCAGUACCUGGACCAUGCUCCGAAGUUUGUGGCAUUUACCUGUGGACUAGUGCGGGGCAGCUUGGCCAAUCUCGGCAUCAAUAGUACCGUCACGGCCGAGGUACAGAACAUGCCGUCAUGUAAGUUUCAUAUUCAAGUUAAUCGUGCUUAGAUUAAGGUUAGAUUAAAAAGAAAUUAGAUUUAUCAAUCCA